UGCGUUUAAAGCUCUACCAAAUCCCAAUUUACAAGAACAGAACGAUAAGGCAUUAACCAGAGCAGCAGCAGACAACCAAAAAAAAAAAAUGGGGGACGGAAAGCAAGGAACGGCGAUGGUAGCAGAGAUAUCGCCAAAAGGCAUGAUGAUGUCUCAACUCCAGAAUCCCAACCCAAUAGCCCACUUCCAAGUCAAGUACAAGCAACUGGAAGAUGGGUUCAGGGUCUGGUUGUCCAAGCAGUCCUUGCCCGUCGAGGCCGCCGUCGUCACCGCCACCAGCGCCGUCCAGGGCGCCGCCAUUGGGGCAUUCAUGGGUACCCUCACCAACGACGUCUCCUCGUCUUUUGCCCCUCCCCCAAAUGCCGCCCUGAAUCCGGAAGCCAUGGCCUCUCUUAAGCAGGCCCAGGCCCUUGGAGGGGGUCCAUUGGCACAAGCACGCAAUUUUGCUGUCAUGACCGGUGUCAACGCCGGUAUCUCUUGUGUCUUGAAAAGAAUAAGAGGGAAGGAGGAUGUGCAAUCCAGCAUGGUAGCAGCUUUUGGUUCUGGAGCCAUGUUUUCAUUGGUUAGUGGCAUGGGUGGCCCGAAUCUGGCAGCUAAUGCCGUGACAUCUGGAGCCUUCUUUGCACUUGUUCAAGGUGGAAUUUUCCAGAUAGGGCAGAAGUUUUCCAAACCACCAGCUGAUGAUAUGUUCUAUGAGAAAACGAGAAGCAUGUUGACAAACCUUGGCCUCCAGAAUUACGAGAAGAAUUUUAAGAGAGGCUUGUUAACGGAUAACACUCUGCCUCUGCUCAAUGAUAGUGCUCUUAGAGAUGUGAAAAUCCCUCCUGGUCCAAGGCUCCUCAUUCUCGAUCACAUCCAGAGGGAGCAUGAUCUUAAAGGGAAACGACGUGGCAGUGGGUAAUUUUCUGCGUCUAACCAAUUCGUUACAACAAAAAGUUGCCUUCUAUCGGGGAAGUGCUUUUAUGCUUUCGUGUACCAAAACUAGAUAAUUGGAUUAUUGUCCAGGCUACUUUGUCAUGUUUCAGUUACAGUGAUGUAGAAGUACUUGUUUUUGGAAACUUGGUAGACAGUUUGUUGUAGCUUCA